CCCGCCGGCCGAGCGCUGCGCUCGAGCACUGCACCCACACGGCCACACGCAACGUACGAUGGUGGCGAGCAUCGGUAGUCGCCGCGGGGGCGGCGCCGGCAUCAAUGGCGUGGCGGCCGUAGGGAUCGUGCUGUCUGUGGCCGCCGCCGUGGUCGCGGCGGCGGCGGCGGCGCCGACGUGCGGCGACGCGGUGAGCGCGCUGGUGCCGUGCGGGCCGUUCCUGGUGGGCGGCGGCGGGGCGCGGCGGCCGAGCGAGCGGUGCUGCAGCAGCGCGAGGGCGCUGCGCGGGAUGGCGGACACCGCGGAGGCGCGGCGCGCGCUGUGCAGGUGCCUGGAGCAGUCGGGCCCGUCGUUCGGCGUGCUCCCCGACCGCGCCCGGCGGCUCCCGGCGCUCUGCAAGCUCGGCCUCUCCAUCCCCGUCGGCGCCCACACCGACUGCAGCAAGAUAACCUAAAAGUGGCCACGACGAGGCUGUCAGCCUGGCGGCGUAUGUGCGUCGGCGAUCAAAAUAAUUCACGGUGUUGCGCCGGAGCAGAGCGAUUUGGCUUUUGCGCGUGGUGUAAUCUGAAGCCAUCAUCCAUGCAUGAAUAAGUACUGUAGUAGAUUUGCAUGUAAUAAUUCUUGCGCUAAUAUAAUCACUCGCUCGCAUGUUCA